AUGGCAACUUCACUAGAGCCGCCAAGAGGAGCAAGAAAAAAAAAUGCAAGACAGGGAUCUGCAACUACUAUUCCUGUUGAGCAACCUACUACUGCUGCUCGACAUGGAUCUGCAACACAUGUUCCUGAUCAGCAGCCAGCAAAGAAGUCAGAAGAGAAAGACCACUGCAGAGACUCUCAGCCAACUCCAGAUGCAUUUGCUGGUGCUUCUUUCUCUCAACAUGCCAAUGAAAGUUCCCAACAAACUACCAAGCAGUCCCAGCAAGUUGCCAGCUCCAUGACAAUCCCAACAGAAGGAAGGCUAAAAUGGUGGGUUUUUGGUAAUGAGAACAGCUCACGGCAAGAUGGUGUUGAAUAGGGAGAUUGUUCAGUAGUAUACCUUCAUAUUUUGUGUAUGAUCAGAUGUUCAUCAUGUUAGUUCUUGAAAGUUUUUGAACCUAUUGGGUUGUCUUAUACUGAAUAAUGCUGCCCAA